UGUCUGAGAUAAAAAUAAAAAUAAUUGGUUGUGAUUAAAGCUGGUGUCUAGCCGAGCCAAGUCUCAGACGAAAUAAUCAAAUAACAAGAUGAGAAUCUCGCUGAUUGUGUGCGCUCUGUUUUCUCUUGCUGCGGUUGUGCAUGGUUCGCCAAGAGCAACUGGCUGUGAUUAUAACGGGGUCCACUAUGAGGAAGGGCAGAGCUUCAAGUCUGGUCCUUGUGUUUUCUGUGGAUGUUCUGGUGGUCACGUCAUAUGUUCUGUAAUGGACUGUGCCUUACCGGCGUGUGUUAGCUAUAGGCCACCUGGAGCUUGCUGCCCCGUGUGCUCACGCAUCCUCACGGCGCUAGAAACUCCAUAAGAACACCUGUACGUGCGAUACUAAAACCAAGCGGAACAUCACCAAAAGACAAAACACUUAUUAUGUAUUUUAAGUAUGCUGCAAUUUUAUUGCAUAAUCAAACAUUUUUUUUUUUAAAAUGUAGCUAACAACUAACAAUAUUAACUUUUUCAAGAAGACAAAUUUGUUGCAGUCACAAACUUGUUCUAUACUAUAAACAAAACUGAUUCCCUUGCAAUAGUCCCAUAGUGUUACUAUACAGAUUCAGACAAGUUAAAUAAAAUUUUGAUUUUGUAAGAAAUGCAAAUUGAGUAUAAAAAAAAACAACAUAUAUAUUAAAAAUGCAUAAAAAGUAUGCAAAGAUUCAAAUGAAUAAAAAAAUUAGCACCA